GGGCAGCCAUGACAGCAAAACAAACGUACACGGAUGCAUGGAUGGGAGUGGCCGAACAAUCGGAUUGGAUAACAGGAUGCGGAGUCGAGCUGUUUUGGGGUGAGGCGGUGCGUUCAGGGGGAGCACAACUUUUCUGCGUGUGUUUGCGCAGUUACGCAGCGUUUCAUCCAGUGUGGAUAAACCGACGCACGGAGUUUGAAGUGACGCAGCGCUGUGUUGAAAUCUGCGAAAAACUUGCUGCUGCCUGCUGCUGCACGGCACGGCACGACACGGAGUCUGAUGUGUGGGUUUUUUUUUUUAACUCGCUGAUGCGGGGGGAGAAAGUUGUGGACAUGUUUUCCUGAAGUGCACGGUUUGACGGAUACAGUGUGCAACACAGUAACCACAGCGUUAACGAGCCUGUGCGCCCGGACUUUGGAUUAUGUUUUCGUUGGAUUGUAAACUCGUCUGUUCGCCAUAUUGUGCGCUGUAAAAAAAAAAAAACUCCCGAGCGAAAGUUGUCAAGAGUUAUGACAUCUGCUGCGCACAAACCCUUCAUGGAGCAUGCAUGCAGUCGACUCUGAUCGAAACCAAAGUGACUCCAUGGAGCUUGCCAUGGACAGCUCUGUGCACCACUGAUCAGGUCCUGGCACCGUAAAGAGGAUGAGAAGAAUGGACAGCAAACCUCAGAUUUGAUUCUGGAAGGAGGGUUGCAUGCUCCCCACCCUGCACUUUCCUUUGGGAUUUAUAUUUCCUCCCAAAUACCUCUGUAUACACAAUUAAACAAAGAAUUCUUCAGCCACAGGCAGUGAAAGCACACUACAGAGGCAAUAACUGGGCGGUUUGCACGCUCAGAGAUCAACAUCGAGUGCUCUGACUCCAUUUAAAUACUUUUGUGAUAUUACUAUGAGUCUUCCUCCUCAAGUUAAUACUAACAAGGGUGGCAAGCAUCGGGCUGCAGCCAUGAAAGAGCCCGUGCAUUCAGGGGAGGUUUAUUAUGGCAUGGGACCUCCGGCUUUAGAAUCAAGCCACAAUGACUCUGCUAGCAGCUCUGGUGUUUACAACCAAGAGAAAGGGCCCCAAAGUCUACCACAUUAUCAACAGGCUACUCCAGUAAAGUGGAUGCACCAGGACUCCAUACAGCCGCCCGGUUGGUCUCAGGAAGCUCCUGUGCCAGCCUGGGGGCAGAACUUUGGCACCUAUAUGAGCGGAGUGAAUGUCAGGGGUCAGAUGGCGUUCCACAAGGGAGUUCACGAGGGUGUAGCGCUGCCAAUGGGGGGUGAAAAUCAACUGCCAGGACCUGUUGAGGCUUAUAGAGAUGCCACCCAGGCUCAGGCGCAAGCUCCAGCCCAAGCAAGGGGGCUCGAGUGGGAGCAGCACGCUGCGGCAAUGCACCAGGCUCAGCUGCAGGCCUAUCAGCAUGCCCACAAAGGUGUGGAGCUCAGUCAGCCCCAUAUGCCUUCUCACUCUAUUCAGGGGCCCAUGCUGCAACCCUUUCAGGCAACUUUUCGCCCCAACAAGCAACAGUUUCCACCGGGUUAUUACUCUGUUUUCCAAGGCAACAAGGGAGUGCCGAGCCUGGCGUACGGCGAGCAGCCCAAAACUCAACAACAACUGCUCCACCAGAUGCAGCAUCAACAAAUGCACCACCAUCACCAGCAGCAGCAGCAGCAGCAGCAGCAACAACAGCAACAGCAGUUGCAUCAGCAGCACCACAUUCAAUUACAGCAGCAGCAACAACAUUUGCAGCAACAGCAGCAACAAAUCCAACAGCAUCAAAUGCAGCACCAACAACAACAACAGCAGCAACAACUGCAGCAGAUGCAGCAACAGUAUCACCAGCAGCAGCUACAAGAGCGACAGCAACAAAUCCAGCACAUGCAACAGCAGCAGUUGCAGCAACAAAAUGUGGCACAACAAGAAACGACACAACUACAAGUGCAACCAAAACAGCAACAAACCCAAAACUUUGUGACGUAUCAGUCUCCCGAGCCUUGUCCGCCCGACAUUGUGCCUAAAAAGGAAGAUGUUCAGCCAGUGGAGCCGCAGCAGAAACCAGAGGCUCCAACCAGAGAUGCAUCAUCCGUACCCGAACCGUGCCCUGAAAAGGUUGCCACAAAUCCUGCAGAGCCUUCAGACGCAACGCCGGCUGCGCCUCGGCGCUCGCGCCGCCUUUCCAGAGAGGGACAGUCCCCGCUGGGUCCCCCUUCGACAAACAUCUGGUCUCAAGCAUCUAAAGAGCCUCCAGCACCCCAGAACGGAGUAGCAGGCAGUGUGGCUGUGAGAGGAGGAGGGGAAGUGACAACAGGAGGUGUCAUCCAGAUCACCAGUAGAAGAAGGAGGGCGUCUAAGGAGUUCAACUUGGAGACUCUGGCUCAGAAGGCGUCAGAAAUGGAGCCUGCUAAAAUGGUCAAGGAGGACGGUCCUUCAGGCAGACAGGCCUCAAUGGUGCCUCUGGUCAUCCCUGUAUCUGUUCCGGUGCACAGGAUUCAACCAGAUGCUCAGGGUGGCUGGCCUCAAGGACGACUCGGCCCGGGUGAGCGGCCUACAGGACAGUCCGAACGCAAACCUUCUGUCAUCGUGGCUCGGCGGCGAUCGCUCAGAAACUCCAUAACGGAGAGUUUUAGCCAGGAUGGGGAAAGCGAUGCGACAGACGACGAUGGAAAAUCCAAAUUUAAGCGCCGACCUCGCCCAGAGCCUCUCAUCAUCCCCCCGCACAGACCAUCCACCUUCAUCCCUUCAUCCCUCUACUCCACCAUCACUUCCUACCAGAGCAACCUGCGCUCUCCGGUGCGCCUGCCAGACAACCCGCUCACCUUGCCCCCGUACACGCCUCCACCCAUCCUGUCUCCCGUGCGCGAGGGCUCGGGACUCUACUUCUCCACCUUCCUGACCAACAUUGCGAGCAACCAAAUCCUGCCACCGCCGCCGCCUACACCCAAAUCUGCAACGCGCAGUCUUUUGCGCUCCACGAGUUCAGAAAUCACUCCUCCUGUUCUGCCGCUGAUCACUGCCGCCACACCUGUUAGCCUCGAACCGCGUAUUAACAUCGGGCAGAAGUACCAGGCAGAAAUUCCCGAGUUGCAAGAUCAUCUUUCCUCCCAGUUUGACCAGCACAAAGCGGACUUGGUUUGGCUCCCUGUGGAUGAUUCCCGCCUCAAACAGGGCGAUCAGGAGAGGAUGGAGGAUUUGAUGAACAUGGCGUGUUCCAGUGUGCUCCGAGGUGGAGGAACCAACCAGGAGUUGACUUUACACUGUUUACAUGAAUGUGGAGGUGAUUUCCUUGAAACACUGGGGCGUUUGAUGCUUCAGGACCCAGCUUUCCCCAAAGGCCAUCACCUGGCAGGUUAUCACUACUCAGGCUCCGACUGCUGGACUGCAGAAGAGAAGCGCUACUUCAAUAAGGGGAUCUCUGCCUACAGGAAGGACUUCUUUAUGGUGCAGAAACUGGUGCGGACCAAGACUGUGGCUCAGUGUGUAGAGUUUUACUACACAUACAAGAAACAGGUGAAGAUCGGUCGCAAUGGGAUCUUAACCUUCGGCCCCCCAGAUUCACCUGUGGAGAAGCACACAGAGGCUGUGGUGGACGUUAAGAGUUCACAGCAGUCAAAACUGACAGAUGGCGAUGACAAGAAGGACGUUUCUCACAGCCAGAGCCUUAAGAGCAGCCAGGAGGCGAGGGUUGCCCAGUCACUACAGGCUCAUGACUAUGCAGGAACAGUGGUGAUGAUGAGAGAGCCGGACAUUGUGAAUAAGGAGGCUCACCAUCCGGCAGUAGCCCACAGGCCUCGAGCCGAGCCCGCAGCAAAGAAGAGCAAACCACCCGUGAAACCACCGCCGCAGGAUCCUGACGCAAUAUUUCCGUGCAAGAAAUGUGGCAGGGUCUUUUAUAAAGUGAAGAGUCGAAGUGCCCACAUGAAGAGUCAUGCGGAGCAGGAGAAGAAGGCUGCAGCGCUGCGUCAGAAAGAAGAAGAGGAACAGGCAGCAGCUGAAGCUCGGGCCAGAAAGGUGGCAGCGGCGGCGGCGGCAGCAGCAGUGGCGGCGGCGGCUCAUCGGGGAGGAAACGGGAACGGAGUGGCUGAACAGGCGGAGGUCAGCAGCCAUGAAGACUCAUCUGAGGCAGAGGAUGAUGACGAUGAAGACUGGCAUUGAGAGACAAAAAGCAGGAGAGAAAUCAAUAAGAAGACGAUUAAUGGAUAGACACAGGGUGGAGAUUGAAUAUCAGAGAGGGAGAGAUGUAUUAAAAAAAAAAAAAAAAAAAGAUGUACUGCCUCACAGAGAGCAGAAUAAUCUUCCUGUUAACCUUCACACUCCUUCCCUGGCUGACACUGGCUCUGUGUGACCGUGAUCUCUCAGCUGGGCAGUGACACUCCACAGUUUGACACAUUUGUAUCUUUUAAAUAUUCAGAGGAAGUUUAUUUUUUGGUAAAUGCACUUAUUCUGUACGCUUGAGCUUAUUGCCAAUAUUGCCUUUUUAUAUCCUUUAUUUAAUUGAAUAUAUGUCAAAAACAUUAUCCAUUUUCACUGCGUGGAUGGUUCAGAUAAGAUAAUCAGGAUGCCUGUUUAGCAAUUAAACAUAAAGAUCAAAGCAAUCGUUUCACUUUAUCGUAGCAGCCCUUUUAAAUAGAGUAAGAGCUUGUAUUUAAAAUCUUUUUCUUCGGAAAAUACUGCACUGAAUGUUGCAGGUUUCCAUCAGAAUUUUAGGUUGGUUAUACACUUUUUACAACUAAGGGACCUUUUUGAAAUGAAUAUGUACAAAAAAAAAGUAUAUAUGAGAUUGCCAUAUAUUUAUGAUACUGCAUUUUGCAAUGAUUUUGGUAAUAUAAAAACUAAUCACGUCAGCUGCAAUAUGACUUGUGAAUUGAAAAAAGUUUAUUAAAAAUCUCUACUGUU